CGGCGUUUGUCCCCCCGAGCUGUGGGGCUCGGCGUUUGUCCCCAGAGGUUUCAGGGCAGCCGCUUCCCGGCAGCGGUGAGGAGGUUGAUGCCUGGUACCGGUUAGCCCUGGAAACUGUGUUGGAGAUAAUUCAGAGUCCUGUGCUUCAGAGAUGACGGAGUGUUGCUUUGAAGGCAAUUUUAAGGCUGAAUAGAGCUGUGAUGCACAUCUGUUUGAUGAAGAAAGCACUGCCUUUUCAUAGUCACUUUACAAAAUUAGCUGGAUUGAAAAAUGAGAAAAAAUAUGACAGAAGAAGCAAAUGCAGAUGAUUUUCAGGUUCAGAAUUUUCUCAAGAAGAAGAAGAGAAAAAACCACAAACAAUACAAGGAGAGCCAUGAGAAUGAUGAAAGACUCAGCUGUGCUUCUCCAGUGCUGUUUGAAGAACAAGCAGCACAGAGUGAUGAAGGCUGUAAAAAGAAGAAAAAAACAAAAAAAAAGAGAGCGGAGCAACAGUAUUCAUUAGAUAAUUCUUCUGUAGGACUGGAACAUGAAAUUCGUAAUGAAACUGGAGAGUAUGCUUCCCAAAAGAGAAAAAGAAAGCAGAAGUAUAGUGAUAGUACGGAUGAGCAAAGCGAUGUAACUUACGUCACAGUAAAUCAUCAUAGCACUGAUUGUCAGGAGCUCAAUGCUGAUUACGUUUAUUUAAAAAAAUCUGUUAAGAAGAAAAGAAAAGAAAAAUUGCCUGAGGAGGAUGAGGCAUGUGAGCUGCCUCCCCCUGAAAUGCAUGAUAACAAUGACAAUAAAAGAUCAAAAAAGAAGAGGAAGAAAAGACGCAGUAGUACCCAAGAUAUUCAGGAAGACACAGAUGUAAUCCUUGACCAGUCGCUGUUGUCAUCUCCAGAGCAGAACAGGCCAGGGGAAGACACGGUUCGGCCAUUACCUACAGCAGAGCGUGGUGUAGCCACACCCCAGCAGCGGCAUGAACAUGGUGACUGUGGUGCUGCUCCUGCCAGGAGAAAAGAUUCUAUGAAGGUACCUGCUAAUUCUAAGCUGUCUAAAGCAGCUGAUAAAUCUCAAAAACGUCCAGUUCCUGGUGGAAAGAUAAAAAGCUGUGUUUUUGUCAUGGAAGAAAGCUCUUCAGAAUCUGAUGUACCGACAUCAGAACCUUUAACAUCAAAUAGAAAGGAGGACAAGAAUAGUUCCUUUACCAAAAUAGCAGCCUCCGAUGAGCUUACUCUGGAUGAUGAAGAGUGCCUGGACUAUAGCACGUGUUCAGUUGUGGAUUUGGAUACUGCAAAACAAGAAUUGGAAGAGUUUAUUCCUCAUGUGAGGAAUAUAUCGGACAGUUCAAUCAAGAAGAUGGCAGGAAGAGACCUAACGAGGUUUAAAGAGUUUAAAAAACAAGGUAUUGCUGUCAAGUUUGGCAGAUUUUCCCAGAAGGAAAAUAAUCAAAUCCGGAAAAAUGUUGAAGAGUUUUUAUUGAUGACUGGAAUAGACAGUGCUGAAAAAGUCCUGUUUACUUCAAGGUAUCCAGAAGAUAAAGAAACUAUCAAUCGCCUAAAAGCAGAACAUCUUUUUUGUGAAAAACUUUCUGAGGGUAUACCACGACCCUGGAGGCUGAUAUAUUAUCGAGCAAGGAAGAUGUUUGACCCAAAUAAUUAUAAAGGGAGGUAUACUAAGGAAGAAAAAGAAAAAUUAAAGAAGUAUCAUGCUAUGCAUGGCAAUGAUUGGAAGAAGAUUUCUGAGAUGAUGUCCCGUUCUAACCUCUCAGUAGCUAUGAAAUACUCUGAAAUCAAGUCGGCUAUCAACUAUGGACCUUGGUCAAAGGAAGAGACCCAGAAGUUAAUGCAUGCAGUGGAGGAGGUGAUUAGGAAAAGAACGGAAAUGGAAGAUGCAAAUUCUCUUUUAUCAUCAUCAAAGUCAAAACGAGAUCUGUCAAUUGACCGUGAGAAACUGUACCAGAAAUUACCAUGGACUGAGAUUGAAGCUAAAGUGGGAACUCGCUAUUGGAGACAAUGUAAACAGAAAUGGACUACAAUUUUAACAAACAAGAUGACCAAAGGGCAGCAGUUAUAUAGGGGGACCAAAGGAUUACAGGCCAAGAUCAAUCUUAUUAAAAGGUUGUAUGAAAUGAAAGUGGAGGAUGCAAAUGACAUAAACUGGGAAGAACUCAGUAAUACGAUUGGAGAUGUCCCUAGAGCCUAUGUUCAAGCAAAAUUUUAUAAGCUAAAAGUCUCCUGUGUCCCUUUUUGGCAAAAAAAGAGUUUUUCUGAAAUUAUUGAUUAUCUUUUCAAAAAGAAACUUCCAGAACUUGAAGAAAACUUAGAAAAAAGGAAGGGGAAACAACUUAGUUCUGACAAUUCAACAGCCAGUCAACAGAAGGCGGCUUUCCAACUCAGUGACAUUUUUGACUGCAGUGAAGAGAGUGAUUAAUUGACUGCCCUAAAUGGAAUUCCUGGUCUGUGUAUUGAACUGCAAAAUGGAUCUGGUUGACGGUGGGUGCAGAUCAACAACUGCAGGUGCACAAGCUAUCUAAUAAUGGAAAAAGUAUAAAGAUACGCAUGUCUGAUUUUCUUGUUUCGUAUUGAAGACUGAGGUAAAUACAGCUUUUGUGCCACCUUUCAUUACCUUAAUUUAGCUCUGGUUUUAGAAUUCAUUUUAAGCAUCCAAGUUGCUCUCUGAAUGUCUUAAAGCCAGUAUUUUUUCCACUGCUUUGUUUUCUCUGGAGCUGAAAGCUGCUGUUUACCCUUUGUACGUGAACUUGGUUUUCAGAACUUCAAUGAGUUUUAUACCACUUAAAUAAACUAUAUUCGUGGAAUUGGGAAAAUUUGCUUUUAAAUCUCUAAUAAAUCUUUAGACAUCUGUGAUGAUGGAAAGAGCACAGGUUUGAGUCUUUGUGGGUUUUUUUAACAGGUGUCUUGUUCUUAAAAGUAACUGGUUUUUAUUUUUGAUGUAGACUUACACUUUUAUCAGCCUUUCUAGAGAAAACAGAUUUUUGUCCGUUAGUAUUCAUAAAUUGCAAUGUCAUUUCAUGCUAACCAAAACAAUGCAUUUAAAAUGCUUUUUUAAAAUAUUUGGAAUACAGAGACAAAAUAGACAAUGUGUAUAUAUAUACAUACAUAUAUAUAUUUUUUUGUUGUGCCAAGGAGAAUUUACAUGUUUCAGUAAGAAAAUUGAGAGUUAAGAUGGAGGUUGUACUCAUGUCUUUGGUAUUUUUAACUCUUAGCCUAGAAUGAUUAAUUAUAAAUUGACCGAUUGAAUGUAAAAAAAAAAA